AAACACAACCUGCUGCUUUUGAGAGAGCUGUUAAAUGUGAACAAUGUGCUGCUUGCUCUAAGUUUCCACGGCGCAACUGCAUAGCAGACGUGCUGACAAGCACAGGAAGACUUUUGUCGAAGACCUGCUGCCACCUGAACUGCCAACCAGGAAAGGUUUUAUCUGGAAUCAUCGGCACAGCCCCAGGGUCCCCAGCCAGGCCGGCUCGCUGUCAGUCCUUUCUCCUUGCCCAGAGCAGAGCACAGGCCGGGCUCCAUACCCCCAGGAUGUGUGUGCUUGCCGUCGCCCUGCGGCAGAGCGGUUGGCUGUCCCACGUUCGUGCCUCCCGCCCGGUACAGCUGUUGUCCCCGCGUCCCCUCAGAGCUCCCUCCACGCUUUCCCGCAAUGGCAGGCAGCUGUGGAGCCGGACAAGGCACCGCCCGACGCGGGCAGGCAGCGCCCGGUGUGAGCAGCGCUCGGGACGGCGCGGAGGGGCAGGAAUCCCAAGCAUCUGGGCUGCCUGAGUACAUAAAGAUUGUGGAAGUUGGGCCAAGGGAUGGUUUACAAAAUGAAAAGGUGAUGGUCCCAACUGAUACCAAAAUAGAGUUAAUCAACCGACUUUCUAAAACAGGCCUUCCUGCAAUAGAAGUGACCAGUUUCGUUUCAUCCAAAUGGGUGCCUCAGAUGGCGGAUCACAAAGAAGUAAUGAGAGGCAUUGAGCGUCAUCCUGGAGUCCAGUAUCAUGUUCUCACACCUAAUCUUAAAGGUUUUCAUUCAGCUAUUGCAGCAGGGGCUACAGAGGUCUCAGUAUUUGGUGCAGCAUCUGAAUCUUUUAGCAAAAUGAAUAUUAAUUGUUCUAUUGAAGAAAGCAUAGAAAAAUUUGAAGAAGUUGCUAAGUCAGCAAGAAAUAUGAAUAUUCCAGUGCGUGGGUAUGUGUCUUGUGCAUUGGGAUGCCCAUAUGAAGGAGACAUCACACCAACUAAAGUGGCAGAAGUGUCUAAACGGCUGUACAGUAUGGGCUGUUAUGAAAUUUCUUUGGGGGAUACAAUUGGUGUGGGGACUCCUGGAAGUAUGAAAAGAAUGUUGGAAGCUGUUAUGAAGGAAGUCCCUCUGAGUGCCCUUGCUGUUCACUGCCAUGAUACAUAUGGGCAGGCGCUAGCCAACAUCCUCACAGCUAUACAGAUGGGAGUGGCUGUAGUGGAUUCAUCUGUUGCAGGUUUGGGUGGCUGUCCCUAUGCAAAAGGUGCUACUGGAAAUGUGGCGACAGAGGAUGUGAUAUACAUGCUUAAUGGUCUUGGGAUCAAUACAGGAGUCAAUCUUUUUACCGUGAUGGAAGCUGGAAACUUCAUCUGUACAGCUUUGAACAAGAAAACGAACUCAAAGGUUGCACAAGCUUCCUUCAAUACUGGAGCUAUCAAGUAAAUGGAUUUUCUUUGUGGAUUAAUUAUAUUUGUCAUCUACCUUGACCAAGAAUGCAUAUAUCAAAAAAGCAAAUAUAAGAAAACCAUUUCUGCAAAGAACUAAAAUAGAGCCCAGAUAUAACUUUCUGUUAUGGAAAGAGUUUCCUUACUGUGGUGUCUUGUUGAAAAUUGUCUUAUAAGCAUGAAAUAAAAGACUGUCACAGAUAACGCUAUGCUUGGUAAUUAUACAGGUGAGAACACUGUAUAAACAGCAGGCCAUUUUACCAUGCUUUAAAUCAAAUUUUGUUUUUUGUUUUUUUCAGUUGAAUUGGUUGGAUACUGUGGAUACAUAGUUAACUUUUAAUUAAGAUGACUUUUAGAGUAGUACAAAUAUUUGCAGUAGUUUAUGAGAGCCCACAUUGUGUGUGGUCAUUCUCUUAUGUGUUUUAUUUAUCUGAAUCUAUAUUUUUCAUUUGUCAACUCAGUUCUGUUAUGAACACAGAGCCAAAUCUGAAUUCACCGUAAGAAAUUUUUAGCAAUAGCACUUUUGUUAUUGUGUUUUGUAUAACAUCUGUUAAGUAUACGGAUAACUUUAUCUUGUUCCAAGACUUUAUGGUUAAUGGCAGCCUUCCAGAUCCUCCAAAUCUAAUGCAAAUUUUCUUAUUUAUUACAUAUGUUAAAUUUGUUGUAGUUGCUUUUUUUCUUUUUUUUUUUUUUUUUUUUUUGUCAACUGUAUUAGAAACUAAUAACGUGAAGCAAUUAAAAGCCAACAAGAUUUUCACCUGUUAUUCAGGAUAGUAGUGAUAUGACAAAAAUUUUGUCUGUGGUCUCAGUCAACAACAUGACUUUUUCUUCUAUAGUUUGAGUUGACAAUUUCAAUUAAUUUUUGAGGAUAGUACUACCCAUUUGGACUUAUUUACACAGGGAGAAGCACUGAUACUAUUUCUCUGUGCUCUUGUGUUGGUGAUACUUUACUUUUAGAUGACUUAGUUCAGCAAUAUGCUAGUGAACUGCAUUGUCAUACUUAGACCCAUAACUGACAAAUGCAAAGAAAAGCCUUAUAUUUAUAAGCAGUUCAAAUGCUCCAUGAAAAUAUCAUCAAUUUUCAAUCUGAAACAUCAGUACUGUCACUGAUUUUGUGCAGAAUCUUAUCUGUUAUCAGAAUUCUAUGUGCACUUAGCUUUUUUAUACAUUUUUUCUGAAAAAUAAUCUGGUAACGUGGCAGUCCAAAGCCCGGGACUAUGGUCCACACAAUGUGGAAGUUUGGAAAAAGGUAAGAUGAAAGAGUCUGAAAGAUAACAUGUAAAAAAGGAAAAGGCUGAAUCAUAUUUGUUUGGAGCUCAAAUCUGCCAGGUUAACAUUGAAUAUUAGCUUGCCUCUGAAAUUCUGAAGUGAAUUUUUUUUUAAAUAUUUUAGCCACUGCUGGAUUUUAGAAUUGUCACAGCUUAACAAAAUCAAACUUGGCAUGCCAUGUAGCUCAAAGAUAUCAAUUUAAUAUAAUCCUUUUAUCCUUUUAUCUGGUUUAUGCUUUAGUGAUAUUCAAGACCAAUAUAAGCUGUGUUUUUAAAACUCUUCUCCAUAGAGUAAGAAUAAAAAAAUAAACAAAGAAAUAUUUGUAGACAGAAUGUAUCUUGCCUAUCCGGAAUACAGAAUUGCACCCCUCCUUGUGGCAUCCAGUAGGAAGACCUGCAAGUACCCUUAAGGAUAUGGAUUCCAUGAUCUGCUUGAUCUGCUCUGGAUGCAUAGUUGAAUCACCUCAACAAAUGUUCUGUCCUCAUUUUCCUGUGUUUCAGUGGGGUCUUUGUGAUCUAGCAACCAUUAUGGCUCAUCAUGAACUUUAAUAAAACUGCUUCUGGAAUGUC